AUGUCGACCAACUCAUCUGAGCGCACGGUGACCACCACCACCGCUGCAUCUCCGAUCACCACCAACCCUCUCUCCUCAGCCCACCAUUUCGUGUCGAUCAAGCUGACGGCACGGAAUUUUCUCUUUUGGUGGACACAACUUGUGCCAUUCCUCCGUGGCCAGGGUCUAUUGGGCUAUGUCGACGGCGAACACCCCUUGUCCGACGAGGUAAUGUACCUCGCUGUUGGCCGCGCGACAUCCCGGGAGGUGUGGCUGUCCAUCACAGCGGCGUUGGGGUCCUCCACGCGUGCUCGUUGCCUCAACCUCCAAGCCCAGUUUCAAUCCCUCCGACAAGGGGAUAGUUCGCCGGCGGAGUACCUCGGCAGGGCGCAACUUAUUGUCGAGGAUCUCUCAUUGGUUGGCCGGCCAAUCUCUCUGGACGAACAGAACCUCUACGUGUUUAGGGGGUUACGUCCAGAAUACCGUGCGAUGGCAGCGUCGCUUGCAGUUUCCGGCGAACCCGUGACAAUUCCGCAGCUAGCUGAUUUUCUGCAGGCACAACAAUUCAUCUUUGCAGAUGAUUUCACGGCAGGUGGCGCGGCCUUCCCUGGAGAUGCCCCGACUGCCAUGGUCGCUGGGCGUGGGCGCAGAAAUGCUGGAGACUGCAGCAAUGGUUGUGGCCGUGGUGGUUCCGGGCGCGGCAACAACCGUGGAAGAGGUGGCAAUAACUGA